AUGGUCACCGAAGAGAAGCCACCUGCUCACCAGAAAACCCGAAUCUACGCGUACAGUGCGUGGGCUCCUCAAUUUGCGGACAAGCUGCAACUAUCUGCCACCCAGAGCAAUGUCAUCGGAACCGCUGCCAAUCUGGGCAUGUAUGCCUCAGGAAUACCCAUGGGCAUGAUAACAGAUCGGAAGAGUCCGAGACUCACUACCUUCAUUGGAAUGUUUGCAUUGUUUGCGGGUUACUAUCCUAUCAAGCUUGCAUAUGAUGGAGGUCCGGGCUACAUGAGUGUAGCUCUGAUAUCUUUUUGUUCAUUUUUAAGCGGUGUUGGCAGUUGUGCUGCCUUUUCAGGCGCACUGAAAACUGCAACCGCAUUUCCAAUGGCUGCUUUUGGAUUGAGUGCCUUCUUCUAUACGCUGAUUGCUGGAGUCGCGUUCCCUGGCAAUACUUCUGGACUACUCAUGAUGCUUGCCCUUGCUACCUCACUUCUCGUGCUAGUAUCCAUACCCUUUCUCAUCGUCGUUGAUCACAAAUCCGGCGCAGGUUACGCCGCACUCCCCACUACUGAGCGACCUCGACGUGAUUCUAAUCUACUUACAAGGACAAAGACUAGUAGCAGCAAAUAUAAAUCAUCUGUCAUUCCAGAGCAGGAAAUCACACCGUCCGAAGAGCACGAUGGUCCCUCUACCGAAACAUCAUCCCUUAUAUCGUCUCUUCCCGGCGAUAUAAUCGACAAUGACGACGCGACCAGCAAGAAGUCAGCUCACAGUUGCACAGAUAUAACCGGGCUGGCCUUGCUCAAUAAGGCAGAAUUUUGGCAAAUUUGGGUGCUUAUGGGCCUUUUGACUGGCAUUGGUCUUAUGACUAUCAACAAUAUUGGACACGAUGUUCAGGCUCUCUGGAAACACUUUGAUGAAGAUAUCGACGGCGACUUUGUUGCUCAUCGUCAGUUGCUGCAUGUGUCCAUCAUCUCUGUAUGCUCGUUUCUUGGACGCCUGUCUUCUGGCAUUGGUUCCGAUCUUAUCGUGAAGCGACUUCGCCAUUCACGUUUUUGGUGUGCGGCCAUCUCGGCGGCCAUCUUUGCGUUGGCCCAACUAGCCGCCAUUCGCGUCGAAGAUCCACAUUACUUAUGGGUUGUGUCUGGACUCUGCGGACUCGGCUAUGGCGUACUAUUUGGUGUCUGCCCAUCGCUCGUCGUCGAUGCAUUCGGUUCAGAUGGGUUUGCCGUCAACUGGGGAUUUAUGACAAUCGCUCCUGUUGUUAGCGGUAACAUCUUCAACCUGUUCUAUGGCGCUGUGUACGACUCCAACUCGGUGGUUGAAGCCGACGGCCAGCGCGCUUGCGAGUUGGGACUCAAGUGCUAUCGGACAGCGUACUAUGUUACUCUUGCCUCCAGCAUUUUGGGUAUCUUUGCGUGUUUCUGGGGUAUCUACGGUGAACAUGUAAGGAAGAGGCGGGAAUUGGAAGAACACGAUGCGCAUAGGGACGCUUGA